GAUUGCUUGAUUAAAACUCUUCGCUCAGAUCGUCUCACGCGUCAUAGUCGCAUACUUGACUGAGCUGCUAUUUCUACUGUCAAGUUUAUAUAUUUAUGUGUUUUGUAUAUUGUAUUAGCUCAGUCCUUGCUCCGUACUAUCUGAGUGCCUAGACACACCUUGUAACGUGUACCCCUUAUUGACACUUGCUCCACCAGUUCAAUUAGACAGUUCAAUUCGAAGGCAAAGAUAGCAAUUCAGUCCAAACCAAUAGUGCUCAUUCCCAACAGAAUUACAAGACCUGGAGAUUUAUUUUUGUCAUAUUCUAUCCCACACCCGUCAGCGCCACCGCACGCCUUGGUUGAUAAGUCAAGUAAUCUUAAAUAGUUAAAAGUAGAAGUUAAAGAGGAUAUUAUCUCUCUGUGCAACAUGGGUCAGAAUGCGAGCAAGAAAAUGAUGAAUAGCAGCAGGCCUGGGCCUAAGAAGGGCUCGAAGGAUCAGUUGGAUGAGGUCAGCAGUAUGUCGAAACAUUCGUCACACAAAUCAGGGGCUGGUCAUAAACAGAAGAUACUGCCCUCUGAUCACGCCACAGUCACAACUGAUGUCAGUACAACAGCACAUGAUCAUGUAGAGACGACAAAUGGUGUUAUAAAUCCUUCGGAUAAAGAGAGCAACCCGCUGCACCAGUCCAAAAUCGGGAAAGCCGGCACGCCUCCAUCAAAACCAAUCAACAAUCAGGUCACGCCACCAAUUAGCAACACCGCGCCUGAUAGCGGCGUAGCACAGCAAGAUAGUAUUACUCGACAGAAUAGUAAGCCUCUGGCAGCAAGCGACUCGCCGAAAUCUCAACAAAAAGCUGGUGGAUCGCGAGAAUCCGACCCGAUUGUAGUUAAAAAUGAGGCCACGGGUAUGCCGGUGGAAGCGCAGUUGAAGGGACAGGCACUCUCACAGGCACAGCCGUCACAAACGGAUCAGAAAGCGGAGCCAACCAGCACUCAGGGCAAGCUGAGGAUGCAAAUGAACAGUGCAGCGGCGGAUCUGGCCGCAGAAGAAGAUGAACUCAAUGACAAUGUCGACCAAAUGGUUGAUUUGGCUACAACCACCAGCCGCAUGUCCCUGAGCGGCUCUAAAACGGGUUUGAGGAGGCAGAGCACCUCCUCACUGCAGCACAUCAGCGACAGAGCCCCUUUAAGCACAGGUAAUACAAUCAACGGCAACUCCGCAGUGUUCUACAGCGACUAUCACAAGGACGAAACGGCUUUACGGGCGUCUAAACAACUCAGGAAGCGCAAACACAGAAAGAGAGCCAAGACCAAUGGACUGGUGGACGUGGUUGCCAUAGCAGCGCGUCGUGCGAAACACCAGAAAUUGUCCAAUAGUUGUUCCACCCUGUUUGUCGAACAAACUGUCAGCCAACCGAAUCUCGAUUUGAUUCUACAAUGCGCGGCUACGGCUAUACAUAUGACCUUCACGACUACCUUAGCGCUGCCUGAGAGGCCCCGAUUUAACGCGAUCUUCGACGAGAAGCUUUUCCCCCUCACAGCACAGCGUAUACCUCAGGACUACGCCACUCACUUGCUCUCAGUAACGAGCAUAUACGACUUUUUGCGAGCCUUUUUCAAAGCGGCCGUCUUAACCGCUGAUGUGGCCAUAGUGACUAUGGUGUACAUCUCCAGGUUACACAACACGGGUUUGGUACUACAGCCUGCUAAUUGGAAGAGGGUUGUGCUAGGAGCUAUCAUGCUGGCAUCGAAGGUAUGGGAUGAUCAGGCCGUCUGGAAUGCCGAUUACUGUAAAGUACUGCCCGAUGUUACCGUCGAGAGCAUCAACCAGUUAGAGCGAGAGGUGUUGGAACGCCUUUUCUACAAUGUGAGUGUGUCCUCCGCCGAGUACGCGCAGCACUACUUCGAUCUCAGGAUAUAUUGUCUGCGUGCGGAUCACGUAGAGGGUGUGGUAUUCUCUCCUCUGCGCGUACGAAAAGCUAAGGAAUUAGAUGUGAUGGUCGUACAUCAAAGCGACAGUCGAGUAUUGCAACGGGCGAAUAGUUCAGAGAUGUACAGACCAGUGUCUAGUAAUGUUAUAAUUUCAUAAAUAAAUUUUUAUGCGUGUCAGCAUGCC